ACUCAAGGCCGUUGGCACAAGGAGGUAGGUUUGAUUUAGCGAAGUCAAUAUGGGGAAUUAUCUUACUUUCUAUGGGUGGAUAUUUUAUACCAAUAAACGCUAUGAAGUGAGCUACCUGAUACUAAGUGAUAAGCUCAAUAGUAAAACUCUCUCACCUUGUUAAAACGUGCACAUGAAGAUUUGUAUACAUAGUUUUAUUGCAAUAGGAUCCCCUUUGUUGUUUGAUUAGGUAUGUGUAUUUCUAAGCCUUAAAAUCUGGUCCGUACAUUUCCGAUUCCACUGAGGUUUGAGUAGUGUUUUAGACCAAAAUUGCGGUUUCCUUUCCCAUACUUUAGUUUUCAUCUGACGUAUACGUAGUUACUGCAAGAAACUUUGUGGGAUGCUCAAUUCAUCAGAUUAUUUGAAACACUGCCUUUUCUCCCAAAAUAUUCGAGAAAGCGCCUAUCCAUCUUUCGAGCUGUCAUUUUCAGGUACUAUCACUGACAUGUUUCUUAAGUAACAUGUGUGAAAAGUAUACACUAAAUACACGUUUAACUGACAUGGUGUUCAGUGGCAAUUAAUUCAAAAUUUGGAAGCAUGGACGGCAGAAUAGUAUCAGCCUACCGCAUAGAAAAAACUAGGGCAUCCUUCAUGUUUGUUUUUAAUUGAUAGGCAAAUUUGACACUACGUGAAGCUGUCAGGUAGAUGUAAGGUGUAACGAAUUCUGAUAGUAGAUCCCUUAGUUUCCAACUGUAUGAGGGUUUCAAAGCGGUCUGAUUGUCAGUGUAAACUUCUGGAAGAUUAUAUGGACCGUUUUUUCUACACUACCGUUUCCUGCCAUUGUUUGGGUCAGACAUUCGUACAAACUAUGGAACCACAUUAUCUAACUUACUUCUCCAGAAGUAACCUCAGGUGUUAAUCAUAGUAAGACAUCUGCACGCGUACUUCAAUAAAACCCACACUUUUAAACAAUUAUGUGGUUAGACUUGGCAAAUCAUACAAACUGGUUGGUCAGAGCUACUUCAUCACAGUUACAAAUAAACCUAACGCAGUCAUCAAAUUAGUUCAUGAUUUCUCGUAAACAGACAAAUUGGUAAUGUUUGUGAAACGAUCUGUAGUCGGAUGAAUGCAAUAUCUACCUGGUCUGUCGAAAUACUUAAGAGUAUAAUUAACUGCAAUCCAAAAAUCUCACCAAGUAGCCUAUCUUAGAAGUCAUGACUGACACUCCGUGGAGUAACAUACUUGCGGAUUUAUGUCAUAUUAAUAUUCCCACUAUCAAACCCAAAAACUAUGCGGCUUUCUAAGCCACACCCAACGUAUAAAGAGAAGACGGAGACAAAAGUUAAAUGUUUAUACUGUUGAACACUUCGAAACUCACGCUGAUCCGUGAUCCCCGCAAAAAAAUACUAGAUAGGGAGACAUUAUAGCCGCCUUUUAGUACUUGCUUUUACAAUAAGUUCCGGAGAUACUGUGUCACUGUUUUAUUCUCGUUUCAGCUUAACAAUACACACAGUUAAUCGUGAAAAUCUACAAGAAAUAAAAUGCAAGGCUAUGCUUCUUAUACUGGAGGCCCAGUUGGGUUUGGUGAUCCUAACAGCAAGUAUAUUUCGAGUACAGAACGCAGCAACUGAAUUAUGUGUAGAAGAGUGGAAAGAUUGGCGAAAGUGCAUACGUGGAAAACGAGGCGAGUGGUUCGGUACCUGGAAAUGCAAACCUAAAUAUCAGAUAUUUGAACAGUGUCAGAUGAGGUACCUUCUAGACCUAGAUGAACUCAAAAAAUUUGAAGAGGAAUACUUAAGUAUGCGUAGUGAAUAUCGGAAAACUGGUGUGGGUCGCGCUUUCAUGACGAAAGAACGAAUACAAGAACUGUGCGAGUUGUAAAUGCCCCCUUUUAUAACUGUAGCACACUCCAGUUCAUAAAUAUAUAUAUAUAUAACUAU